AUGCAGCCGUGCUACGAGGAGGCCGACCUGUAUCGAGAAAGCCUGCGAGGGCUCGAGGAGCGGUUCGGCUUCCGCGGCGUGACGAGCCUGGUCCUCGGCGCUCAGAACCUCAUGCAGCAGCUGAUGCGGAACGCCACCCACACCUUCCAGCAGCUCUGGCGGCAGCACCGCGGCCGAGCAGCCGGCCGUCGCCAGCUCGCCCAGAUGCUGGGGAGAAUCAAAGAGCGGGUGCUGAAGAAGUUUGACUGCGACAGCGGCUCCCUCCGGAAGCGAUUCGCUCAGGAGUGGCUGGUCCGGAUUUUUCUUCCUUUUCUGCUGAAGCGUUUGGAGUCCGGGUGUAAACUGGAGCUGCCGCGAUACGAGAGCUUCGUCUUCGCCGACUUCGGCGGCAUCGUUAACCUGGAAAACAUUUACGAAGAGACAGUCCUGGCUGCGCUGCUGCCGGCUGUCGGCAGAGGCAUGAUGUCACGGGAGGGCCGCGGCGUCGCCGGCGCCCAACAGGGGAGCUUUUAUGGGCAGGGUGACUCAGGAGCCGGGGCUGCGCCGCCGCUUCCACCCUCCCGAAGGUUCCUGGACGCCGACAACGUCCUGACCAACCCCGACACCCUGGGGCUGCUGAUGGCGGAGAACAAGACGGUGGUGGCGCCCAUGCUGGACUCGCGCGCCGCCUACUCCAACUUCUGGUGCGGGAUGACGGCGCAGGUUCUCCAGGUCUCCUGGGUGCUGGAUUCCCUGGGUGCCAUGUCCCUUGGGUGCUGCGUUCUCUGGGUGCCAGGUCAUCCAGGUUCUCUGGAAGUCCAGAUGUUCAUCUGCAACCGGGAGGUGUACGGGUUCCUGCCGGUGCCGCUGCGCUCCCACAGCACCUUGCGGGACGAGGCCGAGAGCUUCCUGCACGUCCAGCUGGAGAUCAUGGUGAAGAACCCGCCGGCGGAGCCCUCCCCCCACGUCUGGGUCCCCCCCAAGGUCCCCGACAAGAUGGGCUUCGACGAGGUUUUCAUGAUUAACCUGAAGCGGCGGGCGGACCGGCGGGAGCGGAUGCUGCGGACACUGUACGAGCAGGAGAUCGCCUGCAAGCUGGUGGAGGCGGUGGACGGCAAAGCCAUGAACAGCAGCGAGGUGGAGGCGCUGGGCAUCCGGAUGCUGCCGGGGUACAAGGACCCCUACCACGGGCGGCCGCUCACCAAGGGGGAGCUGGGCUGCUUCCUCAGCCACUACCGCGUCUGGCAGGAGAUCGCGGCGAGGGGGCUGGAGAAGUCGGUGGUGUUCGAGGACGACCUGCGCUUCGAGAUCUUCUUCAAGCGGCGCCUGAUGAACCUGAUGCAGGACCUGGAGGCGGAGGGGUUGGCCUGGGACCUGAUUUACAUCGGGAGGAAACGGAUGCAGGUGGAGCGGCCGGAGAAGUCGGUGCCGCGGGUGAGGAACCUGGUGGAAGCGGAUUAUUCCUACUGGACGCUGGGUUACGUCCUCUCGCUGCGCGGCGCCCGGAAGCUGCUGGCGGCCGGGCCGCUGGCCAAGAUGCUGCCCGUCGACGAGUUCCUGCCCGUCAUGUUCGACAAACACCCGCUCGCUGACUACACCAAACACUUCGCCAAGCGGGAUUUGGUGGCCUUUUCGGCGGAGCCGCUGCUGGUGUUUCCCACCCACUACACGGGGGAGGAGGGUUACGUCAGCGACACCGAGACCUCGGUGGUGUGGGACGACGAAGCCACCGUCACCGACUGGGACCGCGCCAAGUCCCAGAAGAUGAAGGAGCAGGAGGAGCUGCGGCGGGAGGCGCAGAAUUCCGACGUGCUCCAGUCCCCCCUCGACAGCGCCGCGCGGGACGAGCUAUGA